AUGACGGCAGCGCAGUUUCGGGAGGAGUGCUGUGUCGAUGGGAUACAAGCCCCCGACGACGUGCCGAAGCUGUCGUAUAACAAGGGCUGUCGGCUCAUGGAUGUUGGGCUUGCGCGAGAGGGCACGGAGACGAAGGGGCGAGCAUCGGUAUCUGUGCCGUCUCUGCGCCGAGCUACACGAGCUUUCGGGAAACAGGACUUGCGCACGCAGGAAAUCGAACGUUCUCUAGACGAUGAUAUCCGAGGCAGCGACCUCUACAGCGUGAGGGAGAACUACAUGCUCAUGAUGGCGGUGGCAGUGGCCAAGACAGUCCGCGAGGGAGGGUCGCUGAGGGUUGGGAAGCUUUGGGACCCGGAGGGACGGUCACGAAAGGGGGGGGCACAGCGAUUUUCGUGUGGGAUGAUACUCAGUUUAGGGAUGGCGAUGACGGGCCGAGGUUUGUGUUCACGUGCCUGCAGCCCAGAAAGGAUGGCUUCAGUGGACACGAUGCCUGCGAUGUGGAUCGGCACGCGUCGCUCGGGGUGGACUUUGAGGGAGGGGGCUUGA